CAAAAAAAAAAAAAAAAAGAACUAUUUUUCUUAUAGCUUGCAAACCAUUUGAAAAAAAAGCCUGGACGAGUCCAAGAACUAGAAGAUCCAAAAACUUGUUUAAGGAUCCCAGCAAUCCUUAGCCAUUGUUAGGUUGUUGUAGUUUUUCAAGUUUGUGAUCUCUCUUUCUGUCGUUUUUGAACCCACAAGCGCCACAAGGCACGCAAGGGGCCUAAGAUAUCGGAAAUCUCUUUCAUUCAUGCUUUUUUUGAAUUCGGAAACAAACAAACAAUGAAGCUUGUGCUUCUUCUUCUUCUUCUUCUUCUCUAUAUGCCCUCUUGGAUUUUUCACUUCUGUUUCGUACAUGCUGUACCUGUACACGACCCUUUUCUUUCCUCUCCAGCUUCCUCUCCUUCUUCUAUAGUUUCUGCUUCCAUGGCUGCCUUCUCUCCAGGAAUUCAAUCCCAAAUGGGAACAGAAGAAGACCACCACAAGAUGAAGUUGGACAAGAAAAUAGUCAUAUUUCUUAUUGUUGCUUGUGGCAUUCUUGCUAUAAUCGUUCUUUUCUCUUUAUUUGGUUGUUGCAUUUAUUAUUGGAAGUUGUAUCAAAGAAAGAAAAAUGCCCAGUUCUCAGAGGUUGAGAAAGGGGUGUCAGCAACGCCAGUCUUGGGUAAAUUUAAUUCAUUGACGAUGGUUAGUAACAGGGGAUCUGUUUCAUUGAUUGAUUAUAAGCUACUGGAGAAGAGUACAAAAAAUUUUGGAGAUGACAAUUUAUUGGGCAAGGGUGGAUUUGGACGAGUUUAUAAAGCAUUAUUGGAAGAUGACAAGCAUGUUGCAGUCAAGAAACUAGACUGUGCAGAUGAAGAUGCCCGGAGAGAAUUUGAGAAUGAGGUGGAUUUGUUAAGCAAAAUUCAUCACCCAAAUAUCAUUUCUCUUCUGGGUUACUGUGUUCAUGAGGACAUGGGGUUUAUUGUUUACGAAUUGAUGCAAAAUGGGUCCCUUGAAGAUCUAUUGCAUGGACCUUCUCGUGGAUCUUCAUUAAGUUGGCACAUGCGAUUGAAAAUUGCUCUUGAUAUAGCAAGAGGAUUAGAAUAUAUGCAUGAGUUCUGCAAGCCAGUAGUGAUCCAUAGAGAUCUGAAAUCAUCUAAUAUACUUUUGGAUUCUAACUUCAAUGCCAAGCUAUCGGAUUUUGGUCUUGCUGUAGCUGAUAGCUCCCAGAAUAGGAACAAGCUCAAGCUUUCAGGCACUGUGGGUUAUGUAGCCCCAGAGUAUAUGUUGGAUGGUGAGCUAACAGAGAAGAGUGAUGUCUAUGCUUUUGGAGUUGUCCUUUUGGAACUUCUAUUAGGAAGGCGGCCUGUGGAAAAACUGGCACCAGCUCAUUGCCAAUCUAUUGUAACGUGGGCCUUGCCUCAGCUCACUAGCAGAGCUUCACUUCCAAACAUCGUGGAUCCUGUGAUAAAAGAUACUGUGGAUGAGAAGUACUUAUUCCAGGUUGCUGCGGUGGCAGUGCUCUGUGUGCAACCAGAGCCAACGUAUCGUCCACUCAUAAUAGAUGUUGUACACUCCUUGGUUCCACUCAUUCCUGUUGAGCUUGGAGGGACGCUAAGAGUUGCAACACAGGCUGCACAACCUGGGGUUCACCAUAAUGGCUAAACAAGAAGAAAAUUCUCUGAUGUUGAUGAACCCUUUUUUUUCAGUUUUUUGUUAGAUAAAUCAAUAGAUCAAUACCAUUGGACUUGAUUUGUGCAUAUUGAUGUUCUUGCUGGGAAAUUUGUAACUCUAGCAAUUUGGGUGGAGAAUGGCUUUUCAAGAUGGACUGCAGAGUAUUUGGAAUUUUGUACACAUUUGUAAAUUGAAACAAUUUGUACCCACUAUUCAAGUUAACAUAGAGUUCUCAGAGAUCAUUUGCUUGC